AUGCGAUUCACAAGCAGUCUUGCGACUUUAUUCAGUCUUGCACCGCGCGCGGUAAGCUACGUGGAUCCAGAUAGCGGUUUUACCUUCUCCGAGACAGAGGCCGCAGCCACACUCUCCAGCAACAUCAUCUACCGCAUAGCGCAGCCCGCAAACGUCUCCGCAAGCCAGCCCUACGACAUCGUCCUCCAAGUCGUUGCAUCCAGCUCUCUCGGCUGGGUUGGCCUCGCCUGGGGCGGCGGCAUGGUCCGAAAUCCCCUUACAGUGUCGUAUCCCAACGGCCAAAAGCCGACCGUGUCCUCCCGCUGGGCAACAGGCCACUCCACACCGCAACAAUACCCAUCUGCAACCUACACGCCGCUGUCCACGGGCAACAAGGCCAACAGCACCCACUGGCAGUUCACCGUCAAAUGCAGCGGCUGCACCACGUACACGGGGGCAUCCGGCCCCGUUCAUAUCGAUCCCACGGGUACCCGCCGCUUUGGCUUUGCGUGCUCCCAGAGCAAAGUCAGUAAUCCGAGUUCGACGUCUGCGAGCAUUCCCGUGCAUGAUGUGUAUAAUUAUGUUACGCAUGAUUUUAGUGCAGGGGCGAAUCCGGAUUUUGCGGCGCUGCUGGCGAAGAAUGGGGUCUGA